AUGGCUUCCCAACUACUGCCUCUUGAGCUGAUCGACAAAUGCGUCGGUUCUAAAAUCUGGGUGGUUAUGAAAGGCGACAAGGAAUUCGCAGGAACUUUGCUUGGUUUUGAUGAUUAUGUCAACAUGGUGUUGGAAGAUGUAACAGAGUUCGAUUAUUCCGGCAAUCAGGAGAAACUUCCAAAGAUCCUGCUUAACGGGAAUAACAUCUGCAUGUUAAUUCCUGGAGGCGAGGGCCCUAUACGAAUAAUUGAUGGGAUUGCAGAACAACUGUAUCAGAAGUCCACUUUUUCCAACACCCAUAACAAUUCCCGAUUGAUUAGAGUUAUUAAUGAUUAUCCCCUAAAACUAACCACGUCCUCCUCUGUAUUGAGUAGACCGGGAUGGGCGAGUGAUCAGGGAAUCAGGUCAGACCUAUUGGAAGAUGAAGAUCCUCAUAGCCGCGGAGUAAAGUCAAACAGACCCGCCGAAGAUUUCCGCAUCUCACCCCGGAUGGAGGAUAUGGAAUUCGGUUAUCUGAGGAUACUGACGUAUGGAGAAUCCGGGGAUCACAGCGCCAGCACGUGGCUAUCUACGGAGAACACAGCCUUGCUUGUUCUUGCGGAGUAG